AUGCUUCGGACAAAGACUGGCCCGUGUUGGUCAUGCAAGUGGAGGGGUAAAAGUAAAGAAGUCGGAGAGCAGUCACAUCGACUGUUGACUUACUUGAGUGGGACGUUUACGGACACACGAGCAAAUUGGAGUGUUAUCGAAAAAGAAGCAUUCCCCAUUGCUACAGCGUGCAAGAAGCUGUCGUACCUGUUGAUGCAGCCACGUCAUCUACGACUAAGAAAAAUGCGGCCGAGAAACCUGCGUCCAGAAGAUCCUCCUUCCGGAAGGGUAGCCAUGAUGGAUCUCACUGUGCAAACAGCCCCUCCCACUCAAGCCACCAUCUACCGAAAGCACCACCAGCAUGAACCCCACGACGGCCACGGUCGUGAACCAUUAUCAGCGGGAUUUGGGACGACGGCUAUACCUCACAUAACACUAGGUUAG